CGUGAGGGGAGGGUCACGUGGGCGGUGGCCGCGGGAACGCCGUGCCGAGGGCGGGGGCGCGGCCGCUGUCCGUCCGUCCGUCCGUCCGUCCGCCGCAAUGCAGAACGUCAUCAACACGGUGAAGGGGAAGGCCCUGGAGGUGGCCGAGUACCUCACGCCCGUACUCAAGGAGUCCAAGUUUAAAGAAACUGGAGUAAUUACACCUGAAGAAUUUGUUGCAGCUGGAGACCACUUAGUUCACCACUGUCCUACUUGGCAAUGGGCUUCAGGAGAAGAAUUAAAAGUCAAAGCUUAUCUGCCAACAGACAAACAGUUUCUGGUAACUAAAAAUGUGCCGUGCUAUAAAAGGUGUAAGCAGAUGGAAUACUCAGAUGAGCAGGAGGCAAUUAUAGAAGAAGAUGAUGGUGAUGGGGGAUGGGUAGACACUUUUCACAAUGCAGGUAUAGUGGGUGCAACAGAAGCAGUUAAGGAGAUCACACUAGACAGUAAGGAUAAUAUAAAAAUACCAGAGUGUUCAGCAUCUUGUGAAGAUGAUGACGAGGAAGAUGAAGGAGAAGCUGCAGACAUGGAAGAGUAUGAAGAGAGUGGGCUAUUGGAGACAGAUGAUGCAACGCUUGACACACGACAGAUUGUAGAAGCUAACAAAACUAAAGUUGAUGUUGGAGGGGAAGAUGCUAUUCUACAGACUAGAACCUAUGACCUCUACAUCACCUAUGACAAAUAUUACCAGACUCCAAGGCUCUGGUUAUUUGGAUAUGAUGAGCAGCGGCAGCCUUUAACAGUAGAGCAUAUGUAUGAAGAUAUUAGUCAAGAUCAUGUCAAAAAAACAGUGACCAUUGAAAACCAUCCUCAUCUUCCUCCACCUCCCAUGUGUUCAGUUCAUCCAUGCAGGCAUGCAGAAGUCAUGAAGAAAAUAAUCGAGACUGUUGCAGAAGGUGGGGGAGAACUUGGAGUUCACAUGUACCUUCUUAUUUUCUUGAAAUUUGUACAGGCAGUCAUUCCAACGAUAGAAUACGACUACACAAGGCACUUUACGAUGUAACUGAAAUAAGAGAUGUGUUCCUCUAAUUAUCAAAUCUUUUUUUAAAUAACCCAUCCAUGUGACUUAUACAACAUUAUACUCAAUUUCUGUAACUAAUCUUUUAUCAACUUGAUGCAUUAAAAUAAAAUGUUCCAUUACCAGCCUUUUUAAUAAAAAUCUCUGUGUGUAAUAUAAAUAAAUCACUUUCAUUCCAGUACAGAUAGUGCACUAAGAGGUGGGAUUUUUUUUUCUCCAUAAUUCCUUAAUUUCCUUCCAUGAGAUAAUUUUCCUGUAUUUUAGAAACUGAAAUCUACUUUUGUAGUAGAAGCCUAAUAGUUUUGGCUUUGUUACUGAUUCCUAAAAAUGCACGUUUAUUUUUUCCUCUUCAAUUUAAACUCAUUUGAGAGCUUUGUGGAGGGAUUUUUUUCCAGCUAUGAAUGGCUAUAUUUCCCCUAGCUGGAGGAAUAUUUUAAAAGAUGAAAAACAUAAGUGAUUGUGUUGUUAAGAAAACUGUCUGACUACAGCUUAAAUAAGUAACUGUAACUAACCAGUCUUUGAGAGGUGAUUUCCACUUGAGCAAGACUAGAGGUGGAAUAUUUGAGGAGACAGAGAAGGGAUAUUCAUUAUGUAGUCCCUUUCUCUUGUAAUAAAGAACAGUCUUAUUGACAAAAAUACAGCUUGAGGGUAAAGGGAAAAGAUUGCUAUGGCAGAGCAAGGUUCAAUCUUGAUUAUUUGUCUACCUUAGCUAUACUAAUUGCCAGUAUGAUAGCGUGGUUUCCUCCUUGGGAUGAAAUUGCAUGGAGUUGUUUGUGGAUUCGGACAUUGCAUAGGCAUCCAGGCUUUAGCAACCACUUUCUGUCCUGUAAAAUGUAAGGUUUACUUUAAUGAAACUUGGAGGAAAGGACCAUCAUGUCUCUGUAUCUAUAUUUGUGCAUAUAUUUAUAGUCAUUAGAUUCACUUAAACUGUCUUUCGGGAAAGCACUUUUGUCUCCCAAGCAUCCAUCUUGCAUUCUGCAAGGUAAUCCAGAAGCUGGGUGUCUGCACUGGACUGAAUUUACUGUUGGGUGGGAAGAUUAGUCCUAGUCCUGGCACAGCUGGUCCCUGUUUUGGCUGUCCUUUGUACCAUGCUCUUACUUACAUGGGAACACAUAAUCAGGUUGUGUGUUCCAUGCUAAAAUUGACUUUCCUCUUGAUAUGUCUUCACUUCCUCUUUUUUUGGACAUAUCUUAAGCAAUGUCUAUGUAAGUGAAGAGUAAUGCUGGCUGAAACCUGUUAAAAACUUAACCACAUCCACUGAGUCAUGCCAUAGGAAUUUGCCUAGGAGGCUAAUCUCAAAGAUGUUUUGGGCUUUCUGGUAACAAAGGAAGCAGCUGUCCUCCACCCAAUAAAUGGGGGAGCAAAGAGAGGGAGUAUGACUUAAAAUAGGCAGUGGUGAUGUAUAUGUUUUUCCUUUGCAUCAGAUGCAUCGGAAUCUUUUGAAACAUCCUUUUCCCUAAAAGGUAUCUGUUCUCCUGUAAGAAGGUGAAUUAGUUUCAUAAGUCUCCAGUAAGUUAAGUUAUAAAAUACUGCAUUCUUCCUUGUCAGGCUUUUGAUGAAAGCAAGUGGCGUGUUUGUUUUUUUUUAUUUUUAAUGUAUAAACCAAAGAAGGCCUUUUUCUCUGAACCUAACAGAAAAAGAGGCACAGCAGAACAGAAGAGAACUUGCAAUGGCUUCCAGCAUCACCAUGAUAUUAGAUAUCUUAUGGCAUUUCUAGCCCUACAUUGUCUGAUGUUGCAAAAGCCAAUCCUUGGUGACUAAGACAUGGUGUUCUGUUUGGCUGCUUAUCAAAGUGGCUGCACUUACAAGCAAAUUUGAUGUGGUGUACUUGUGCUGUACCUUAAUCCUCUGCUUACUUUGGUAUUAAUGUUUAAAAUUCCUGAUAGAACCAAAGAUUGCUGCUGUAGGAACUACUAUAAACAUUUAAACAUGGUAACUUCAAUUAAAGCUUCUGUCAAAUCCUACAUGAUUAUUAAUUACCUGAAUUUUGUGUUGGCAUCAGAAGAGCUUCUGAGAAGUUCUGCUCUGCUCACUUUCCUACUACACACCUUACAGUUCUUAUGGCUCUUUUCUUGCCUUCUGUUUCUUGACCUUGGACUUUUGGUAUGUUCUUGUUUACAGGUGCUGCAUGCAGUAAAAAUGUAGGUGAAUUUUUGAUCCACUGAUUAGGUAGAAUGAGUGAGUUGUGAUGCAAAGGGAAUUAACUCAUAGAGAUGUAAAAUAAUGACCAUCACAGCCUAUUGUCAAUGUACAUGAAAUGUAAAAAUAGUAAUAGAAAAAAUUUUAAAAUACCAAUAAAUACUUGCUUCCAAUAAAAAAUACAAGUGGAAGAUAAAAUCAAA